AUGACUCCGUACGGCGUGCGCACGCAGAUCCCCCUGUUACCGGUCAACAAAGUCUUCCCGCGCAGUGCGCUCGCACCCAACUCAGACCGAGACAAGUCGUACUCCAACGUGUACUUCGCACUCCUCGCGUGCGAGCCGUCCGCUCGUCCAGGACACAUCAUGUCCAUCGUGUGCGUCCUCGAGCGUGCGCGCACAGGCCCCAGCUUCACCGUCGCAACGGGCGGAACGUGGUCCGUCGUCAAGUCAGCUGCAGAGUGCGAGAGGCAUGCGCGCGCGCACACCGCGUUCCGCGUCACCGCGCUCCCGCCCGAGCUCCUCAAGCGCUGCCUGGCGCACCUCUCUGCCGAGAUGCUCUACGUCCCCCUCGAGGACCCCCGAAGGCUGCGGGUCGCGCGGCCGAUCUGGAGGCAGACGGAGAUACGGCUCGCGGGGUGGAGCGCGGCAAUCUUGCGCGAGCUCGGGUACAUCGUCGAGGGCGGGCGUGUGCGGCCCCGGGUGCAUCGGUACACAUUGGCAAAGGGUGAGGAUGCGGUCGGGGUCGAGUUCGAGUACAGCGACACGUCGGAGCCCGGGUGGUCGACCGAGAUUUUGGUCGUCGUUUCCCCGCUGCCCGGCCCUGCGCGUUCUAGCCCUGGGGGCGGGGGCACGAAUGCGAGAUCCGCGAGCACACGGCGGCGCUCUGCUCGUCUAGGAAGCCGUUCCCCCGAAGACGCCCCCGCGGCGUCGUCGUCCAAGCGGCUCCGUCUCGGAGAAUACUACGACGCGAAGGAGUGCAGGCUGCUCCUGUCGUCGGGCCGCUACCUCACCCUUCUCUUUAUGGUGCACCGCAUCUCGAGCGUGCUUGGGUACCUCGAUGUCCAGGUGCUCGGCGAGGGCGGGAGGGACAGCAUGUCGACGACGUACUCGGGCAGUGCCAGCGGUACCAUGACGCACGCGACGGGCAGGUCCCCCAGCGAAGCGAGCGUCAGCGCGGUGGCGAGUGCGCGUGUAGGAGCGCCUCUGGCGGAGGCCGACGAGUACUCGGAGGGAGGCGUGGUCGACCAGUUUGAGCUCGUUGAGGUUCCGGAAAUCGACUUGGAGGCGGAAGAGGAGAUGUCGAGCCCGGCGGUGUCGGCGUCGUCGUUCAAGUUCUUGGACGAGGUUGAGGGACGGCAUUCUCCUACGUAG